AUGUUACGCCGACGAGAUCGCCGACUUCUGCAGGAUUCAAAAGUCAUCCCUACAGACCAUGUCGCUGCCCAACACCAUCUGCUCGUUAUGGACUUGAAAAUCUCCCGUCCAAGGAAGAGACAUCCAAGAACUGAAACACAGCGCAUCAAAUGGUGGAAUCUGAAGGAUCGAAAGGAGAUAUUUUUUGCGUACGUGGCUCCAUCUGCACUUCCCUACCCUACUCGUAGUGUGGAGGAAAUGUGGUCGUCUACUUCCAGCGUUAUACGCUUGACCGCGGAGAACACUCUGGGAAAGACGACUCUAGGUAAGCCCAAAGUACAAAAGGCUACGUGGUUUUGGAACGAGGAAGUUCAGGCGGCAAUUCGUGAGAAGAAGUCCAAGUAUAAGCUCUGGUGGAGGACACGUCAGCCUGAAGAUCGGGAUGCUUACCUAGCGGCGAAGAGGGAGGCUAAGAAGGCAGUCUUCAAGGCGAAGUCGGACCGCUACAAGGCUGUGUACGACAUGGUUGAUACCAGAGAAGGGGAGCAGGCAGUGUAUCGUUUAGUCAGAGCACGUCAUCGCUCAACGUUGGAUAUGGAACACAGCAAGAUCGUUAAGGGAGCUGAUGGAGCCGUUCUGCGCCGUCCUGGUCAGAUCCUGGAGAGCGUCGAGAGUCCUGUUCUACCAAUUACUGCCGUCGAAGUCAGUGCUGCCCUCGCAAAAAUGAAGUCGAACAAGGCAACCGAAGGACGGACUCCAGAUGUUUGGCAAACUUCCGUGACCGUGCCUGUCUGGAAAGGGAAAGGAGACAUUGCUGACUGCACUUCGUACAGGCCUACACGACUGCUGUGCCAUACGAUGAAGGUUCCUGAGCGUGUCCUGGAGGCUCGUCUGAGGAAAAUUGUCAGCGUUUCACUCAACCAGUGCGGUUUUGUGAAAGACUGUAGCACUAUAGAUGCUAUCCAUGCUGGCCGUAUCCGUCUGGAGAAACAUCGAGAGAAGAACCGCAGUGUGCAUCUUGCUUUUCUCGAUGUCGAGAAAGCUUUCGACCGUGUCCCACAUGAGCUGUUAUGGAUGUCCAUAAGGUCGCAUAGAGUACCAGAAGAAUAUGUGCGGUGGACAAAGCUGCUUUAUGCAAAGCCCACCAGCGUUGUCCGAUGUGCUGCUGGAACAAGCAGGUCAUUCCCUGUAGAAGUAGGGGUUCACCAGGGUUCAUCCCUCUCACCCCUGCUGUUCAUACUGCGAAUGGACACGAUAACGAAGGAAAUCCAGAAGCAGCACCCGUGGACUCUACUCUUUGCCGAUGAUGUCAUGCUCGCGUCGGAGUCUCGAGGUGAUCUUAAGAAACAAGUACAGUCCUGGAAGGAUCGGCUGCAGAAAUAUGGAUUGCACCUCAACACAUCAAGAACUGAGUACAUGGAGUGCGGACCAAGGAUAGAGGAUGGUUCAAUUCGUGUUGAUGGCACCGAAUUAAACAAGGUGAACUGCUUCAAGUACCUUGGAUCCAAAGUGACUUCCGCAGGCGAUAUUGAUCAAGAAGGUCGAGCACGUGUUAAUGCGGCAUGGAUGAAAUGGAAAAUGGCAACAGGCGUACUGUGCGACAGGAAAGUACCUGUUCGACUGAAGUCGAAGAUCUACAGGACAGUUGUGCGUCUUGUUGCCCUUUACGGUUGCGAGUGCUGGCCGACGACGAAAGCCUUGGAAAGACUGUUACACGCUACGGAGAUACGGAUGUUAAGGUGGACAAUAGGUGUAACGCUAAAAGAGAAAGUAUCCAACGACACUGUGCGCUCCAUCUUCGGCGUCGUCACGAUAACUGAGAAGAUGAGGGGGGCUCGACUGAGAUGGAGUGAGGACGCGUGGGAGGCCAAAGAUUCGCUGAUUAGACCAUGUGAAGCUGGAUAUGAUAGAUGCGCGUUUAUGUACGACUGA